UUAAAUUGGAAAAAUAAUUCUAAACAAAUAAUUUAACUAACAAAAAAUAAAAUAAGUAUCUCAAUUCUCAUCUAUAACAAUUAAAAUAAAAACCCUAAUCCCAGAAAAAGGGGGAAAAUGGAAGGCAAUAAAGAAACUGAUCUUUGUUUUGAAGAACAGUGCAAUCAAGAUGAUUCAUUUGUUUGGGAUGAUAAUUCCCAGCUUUACUAUCAUGCCAGAAGUGGGUUUUAUCAUGACCCAAUUGCUGGGUGGUAUUACAGUACUAGAGAUGGACUUUAUUACAAAUUUGAAGAUGGAAAUUACAUACUAUUAGCUUCCUAUAAUAAGGAUCAUCAAUCAAAUGUUGAACGCAUAGGCGAUUCUGCUUUCAAUGAACCUCAGCUGCAGGUUGAUCAAGGAUGUGGACAAAACAAUCUAGAAAUCGAAGGCUCAACCGAGUGCACUAACGAGUUGUCCGAUAAUCCACCACCAUCAGAAUGGUUAGAAGAUACAUUAAUUGAACUUUAUUUGUCGGGUUAUCCAAGUACAGCAUGUAAUGCUGCUGAUGACUCUUUGCUGCCCGGGGAAGCAGAGGAUAAGGAUGGUUCUAUGCUGAUUUCUGAUGGAAACAACGACCCCUUUGUACAUGGGGAUAAUGAGCUCAAUUUGGACCAUAACACUGCAGUUGAUCCAAGUGCUAGUGUCUCAUACGAAGAAGCAUCAUGGGAAGAAGAAAACUGGCAAGCUCAGUAUGGUCAAGUCGUCCAACCGGAGGAUGAGGUGGGGGCAAGAUUUCGCUAUAUAGAUAUGUGGGAUUGGUCUAUUGUAAGAAUGACCCCAAAAGAAGGAAAUGUUCCCGUGGCCAGAAUAGUGGGGAGGUUAAUGCAACCUUCUGCCAAGCUUCAUCCUUCUAUGCCUUCUCAUGGUGGCCGCUUGAGAACAGCUCCUAUAUGCAAGGUUCAUCUUGAUUUAGUGCAGGUUAGAUCAGGGCAAGUAUAUAAGCUGCGUACUCCAAGUGCUAGAUAUUUAGCAAGCUUAUCGAGUUAUGAUGCUUCAAAUCCAACGAGGGAAUGGGGCUUUCCUGAAUUGUCAAUUGAAGAGAUAGAUGAAGCAUGUGAAUCCAAAGCAGCACUUCACGUUUCCUCUCAACAGCAUACAAGUUCAUGCCUUGAUAAACCCUUUGUUAAUGAAAAGCACAAAACCAACGUAUAUAGAAACAGAGCAGCUGAAAGAAGAGCACUGCACGGCAGCUUUGGUGCAGCCCCGGGGCAGAAGAGGUCAGCUGAUGAUAUUAGUCCUCCUUUAUCUCCUGUUUCGGUUCCUGUUGAAACGGCCGCUGCUGAAGCCUUAGAAAUGUCCCUUGGAUCGGGAAGCUAUGCACAAAAGAUUCUCAAAAACAUGGGUUGGAAAGAGGGGGAAGGACUUGGGAAAACUCAACAAGGCCUAAGAAAACCAUUACAAGGCGUCGGAAAUAAAGGCACUGUUGGACUGGGGUGGAAAUCUAGAUGAAGGAUAGGAUGCAAGUUGUACAUUCAAACUCAGUUUCGUCUCUUAAGCCUCCCAUUCUUUUUGUAUGCGAGGGUUUUAACCAGAUUAGCGUAACAAACUCAAGAGGACAGACGAGCAUGGAACAGUUUAGUGCCCUUUUAUCGGGUUUUUUUGCUUCAAUGCCAUUCGAUGCUCAUGAUCUACUCAUGCCGUAAAUUACGAUACUGAAAUUUUGUUAGGUAUGCUAGCUUAUGGAUCAGGGUUUCCAAUCAUACACUCCAUCUUUAGUCAUAAAGGUGAAAAUAAAAGUCUUCAACUACUAAGUCAACUCAUGAUUCUCGAGAUUAGACUUUUGAAAAAGGUUUAUGUUAUGAGUGGGGUGGUUAAUAAGCAUUAGUUCGAGUAGUCUUGUUCGAGUAGGCCUAGUUGAGAAUCCAGUAACCACAUGGGCUUGAACUUUGGGCUCUAACCUAUGGGGCUAUCGGCUCACUGUUACUAUCUCAACUUGUAAAGAUCAUAUAUUGAUAUGUGUUACUAUGUUUGCAUAAUAGUGGCAGAUUGGUUUGCUUUCAUUUCAGAGCUUGAUAGACGGUCUUUUUAAUAAUUGUUCAUAAAUUUUGACUCGACCAGAAUACCUGACCAAAUUUGGUCUGAUUGAAAUCCGAUCGAUCCAACUUAUUUUUCUAUAAUUUGGUGAAUUUUUAAUUUUACGUCAAUAAUUCAGCGUAAUAAUUCAAUUUAAUAAGAAAAUUAUUUGUUUUUGAACUUUGAUGGAACAAAUUACAUAUUAUUCCCUUUGUCCCUUAUAAUUUGCACUACUUUUCAUUUUAGUUUGUCUUACUUAUUCUACAAUUUUUUUUUUGUUGGCAAUGACUUUACUA